AAGCGAACCGGACCGGGGGCGGAGCGCGGUGGGGCGGCACCUGCGUGCUGGGACCCGGCGGCGCCGAGCCCGGCCCCCUCGGCGGAGCCGCCAGACGGCGGCGGGCCGGGCCGAGGCGCUGCUGGAAAGCGCAUCCCUCCCCGCUCCGCCCCGGCAGCCGCGGCCAUGACCGACAACAUCCCGCUGCAGCCGGUCCGGCAGAAGAAGCGGAUGGACAGCAAGCACCGGAGCGGGUGUUGUCAGUGCUUAAGAUGCUGUGGAAGGAGAGACCCGAGGCCUCGUACAGUUUGGCUUGGCCAUCCAGAGAAGAGAGACCAGAGAUACCCUCGCAAUGUUAUCAACAAUCAAAAGUACAACUUUUUUACGUUUCUCCCUGGGGUGCUGUUCAACCAGUUCAAAUACUUCUUCAACCUUUAUUUCUUGCUUUUGGCCUGCUCUCAAUUUGUCGUUGAAAUGAGGCUUGGCGCACUUUACACAUACUGGGUUCCUCUGGGAUUUGUGCUUGCUGUUACCGUCAUCCGAGAGGCCGCGGAGGAGAUCAGAUGUUACAUGCGCGACAAGGAAGUGAACUCGCAGAUCUACAGCAAGCUCACAGCGAGAGGUACUGUGAAGGUGAAGAGCUCUAAUAUACAAGUAGGUGACCUCAUCAUUGUUGAAAAGAACCAGCGAGUCCCUGCUGACAUGAUCUUCCUGAGGACAUCAGAGAAGAAUGGGUCUUGCUUCCUUCGCACUGACCAGCUGGAUGGUGAGACAGACUGGAAACUACGGCUGCCUGUUACCUGUACUCAGAGGCUGCCAACCGCUUCUGAACUGCUGCAAAUCCGAUCCUACGUAUAUGCGGAAGAACCCAAUAUUGAUAUACAUAACUUCGUGGGGACCUUCACAAGGGAAGACAGUGACCCUCCAGUAAAUGAGAGUUUAAGUAUAGAAAACACCCUGUGGGCUAGCACAGUGAUUGCAUCAGGUACUGUUGUAGGAGUUGUCCUCUACACUGGAAGGGAACUACGCAGUGUGAUGAACACUUCAAACCCAAGAAGUAAGAUUGGUCUUUUUGAUCUGGAAGUGAACUGUCUUACCAAGAUCCUAUUUGGGGCCCUUGUGGUUGUCUCACUUGUCAUGGUGGCCCUUCAGCACUUUGCUGGCCGCUGGUAUCUUCAGAUCAUAAGAUUUCUCCUUCUGUUCUCAAACAUCAUUCCCAUUAGUUUACGUGUGAAUCUGGACAUGGGGAAGAUUGUCUACAGCUGGGUCAUCCGCAGAGAUUCCAAAAUCCCUGGGACUGUGGUUCGGUCCAGCACUAUUCCUGAGCAGCUGGGGAGAAUAUCCUAUUUGCUUACAGACAAAACAGGAACUCUUACACAGAACGAGAUGGUCUUCAAGCGACUUCACCUGGGAACAGUAGCUUAUGGCCUGGACUCCAUGGAUGAAGUACAGAGCCACAUAUUCAGUAUAUAUACACAGCAAUCUCAGGACCCACCUGCUGUGAAGGGCCUUGCCUUGGCCACCAAGGUGCGUAAAACCAUGAGCAGCCGAGUACACGAGGCAGUGAAGGCAAUUGCUCUGUGCCACAACGUGACACCAGUGUACGAGUCCAAUGGAGUGACAGACCAGGCUGAAGCUGAGAGACACUAUGAGGACUCCUGCAGGGUGUACCAGGCCUCCAGUCCUGAUGAGGUGGCCCUGGUACAGUGGACUGAGAGCGUGGGCUUAACACUGGUGGGUAGAGAUCAGUCCUCCGUGCAGCUGAGGACACCGGGUGGCCACAUCCUGAACUUCACCAUCCUCCAGAUCUUCCCCUUCACUUACGAGAGCAAGCGCAUGGGGAUAAUCGUUCGGGAUGAAUCAACAGGAGAGAUCACAUUCUAUAUGAAGGGCGCUGAUGUAGUGAUGGCUGGGAUCGUGCAGUACAAUGACUGGCUGGAGGAGGAGUGUGGUAACAUGGCUCGGGAAGGCCUGAGGGUUCUUGUCGUAGCCAAAAAGUCUCUGACGGAAGAGCAGUAUCAAGACUUUGAAGCACGCUACGUCCAGGCGAAGCUAAGUGUGCAUGACCGCUCCUUGAAGGUAGCCACAGUCAUCGAGAGCCUGGAAAUGGAGAUGGAGCUUCUGUGUCUCACCGGCGUGGAGGAUCAGCUCCAGACGGACGUCAGACCCACUCUGGAGACACUGAGGAAUGCUGGCAUUAAGGUGUGGAUGCUGACAGGGGAUAAGUUGGAGACAGCCACAUGUACGGCCAAGAAUGCACAUUUGGUGACACGGACACAGGACAUCCAUAUAUUCAGGCUAGUGACUAACCGUGGAGAAGCCCAUCUCGAGCUGAACGCCUUCCGCCGGAAGCACGACUGUGCUCUUGUUAUUUCUGGUGACUCGUUGGAGGUGUGUCUGAAAUACUAUGAGUAUGAGUUCAUGGAGCUGGCUUGCCAGUGCCCUGCCGUCGUGUGCUGCAGAUGUGCUCCAACACAGAAGGCCCAGAUUGUGCGAUUGCUCCAGGAAAGGACUGGAAAGCUCACCUGUGCAGUAGGUGAUGGAGGGAAUGAUGUUAGCAUGAUUCAGGAGGCUGACUGUGGUGUUGGAGUUGAAGGAAAGGAAGGAAAACAGGCAUCACUUGCAGCUGAUUUCUCUAUCACUCAGUUUAAACAUCUGGGUCGUUUGCUAAUGGUGCAUGGAAGGAACAGUUACAAACGGUCUGCAGCUCUCAGUCAGUUUGUUAUCCACAGGAGCCUGUGCAUCAGUACAAUGCAGGCUGUUUUCUCAUCAGUAUUUUACUUUGCUUCAGUUCCUCUCUAUCAAGGCUUUCUCAUCAUUGGGUACUCCACAAUUUACACGAUGUUUCCAGUGUUUUCUCUAGUCCUGGACAAGGAUGUUAAAUCUGAAGUUGCAAUGUUGUACCCAGAGCUCUACAAAGAUCUUCUUAAGGGACGACCAUUAUCAUACAAAACUUUUUUAAUAUGGGUCUUAAUAAGCAUCUAUCAAGGCAGCAUCAUCAUGUAUGGAGCACUCCUCCUCUUUGAAUCUGAAUUUGUCCAUAUUGUUGCCAUUUCCUUCACUUCCUUGAUUCUCACUGAGUUAUUGAUGGUGGCGUUGACGAUCCAGACGUGGCACUGGCUCAUGAUAGUGGCUGAGCUGCUUAGUCUCUCCUGCUACAUAGCUUCUCUGGUCUUUCUACAUGAGUUUAUUGAUGUUUACUUCAUUGCGACUUUGUCGUUCUUGUGGAAAGUCACAGUCAUCACUCUGGUGAGCUGUCUUCCCCUCUACGUCCUCAAGUACCUGAGACGAAGGUUUUCUCCCCCCAGCUAUUCGAAGCUCACGUCUUAGGGCUGCUCUCCUUGCACACCAGAGGCAAAUAUUGCACAUGGCUGAGAGACAAAAUCAUGUAGUUGUUACUAUAAUGAAUGUCUGAUAUUUGCAUAAGGAUCAUGUGGUAAUCUCUAUUACAUGCUGCUUUAUUGAAAAAGACUUCACAACUGCUGUGAACGGAAACCUAAUGAUAAAAGGGAGUUUUCUGAGGGUGGAGGCACUUGUUAGUUCAUCCAGUCCUUACUGCUUUUGUUCAACUUAACUGGGGUCAAAUGCAUGUAACUGUGAUGAUGGGCUUCUCAUGCAUGGUUAAAAGUGUCUGAAAGCUGCUAACUGACCUCAGAAUUCGCAUUUGAGAAAUUUGUUCCUUUUUUAAGUAUCUGUGCUGUUCCUUGCAUUGUGUUAUGUUAUUUUAUAUUAUUUAUCUUUUCGGUUCAAGUAGUUACAUUCUUCUUGCAUCUUGGAAAUCCCUUAAUGUAGGUGACGCACUAUACUGCUGACAGCUGAUUCCUGAUUUAUGGCAUGCUGUUUCCAUAAUGGGGCUCCAGCAUGUCGGAUCUACACACACUUGAGAAUCUGAGCGUGUUUGAGAUCUUCCUUCAGUUGAAAUGUGGUCACCCUAGUGAUUUUGGAGGUAUACAGGCAUUAAUAAAUACAGAGAAAUGCUAGUCCAAAAUGAAGAAAUUCAGUUUUGUUUAGCUUUUGUGCUUCCUGUUAAAAGGAGCUGGUGAUAUAAUAGCUUUACUUGGUGUUUAUUUGUAUAGGAGAAAAUUAUCUAAACUAAGGCAAAUCCUCUUUGGGAAAGAAACUUGCAGUUGAUCAGACUUGAAAUGUGUUGACAACGUGAGAAGAGACUCGUACUGUUCUGCAGACAAUGUGGCAGUCGUGUCUUGAAUCCUUGGAGACUGAAAGGAGAGGUCACAGAGCUGCUACUCCUCACAGCUACAUGAAAUCUGUUUCCUGUUAGGAUGAAACUGUGAAGAUGAGCUGCAAAUAAGCUGAGGCACUCCUAGGUGGAUGUUGUUCAUGACAUACUCCCUGCAGAGAGGCAGUUUUUUUACUUGCUUUGCAGUUUUGCACUUGCUUUGCUCUAAAAACUGAACUUGAAUCACAGAAGUGGGAUUCAUAUGAAGGUAUUAAGCUCAUGUACCGAGCAAUUUUAUGAAUUUAUUUUUCAUUUUCAAAAAUUAAACUCAGUGAGUUCUGUUUUUAUAAUAAGCUUCGGUCCACGCUAUAAUACCAUGAGGAGAGCAACACGUACGUAGGCUGCUCAGGAGAAGGACGGAGUUAUGGGAGCCUUUUGCAAUUGGGCCCAUGCAUCAAACACGUAUGAGCUUUUAGUGGCAGACAUCUUCAUCUAAUGGCUGUUUAGUCUGUGCUAAAUUAGUUGCUUGCUGUCUCAUUCCCGCAUCAUAAAAAGCACUGUUGGAGCUGGCACUGUUUGGCACCGUUGUUGGUCGACUGCAUGGAGGGACCAGGAAUGGCAGAGCCCGGGGCCUGAGCUCCCCUCUCGUUUCUCAAGGCAGCUCUUCCAGGCCAGGACAGUCAUGCUGGUGAGAGGAGCCAAAGCUCCAUGGUCAUCUGUGUGCCAUGCUGAACCUCUUUAAUGGGCUGCCAGCUUCCAUUGCUAUUGCUACAGGCGCUCCGCUGUCGCAAGCAGCACAAUGCUGCAUUAAAAAGUCUGAUGUGAAAAUCUGUGGAAAAUGGGAGUGUUGUUUUAAAAGAGCUGGAGUCUGUGUUGACCCAGAGUGGGUAUGGCUUGAAUUUUCAGAUCUAAGAUAGCCGCGGCUUAUGUGGUCAAUGUGUGGUAAUUGCUCCGGGGGAUGUUUUGCACAACCUGACCUGCCUUGCUUGAUCUUGGAUCCUGCAAGUAAAUAUCAAAGAGGAGGGAAGCAAGUUCCAGAAGAUUUAGAGACAAAUUAGAUGUGCUUCUUAAUGUGUGUGGCGCGGGGGAGAGGAAGGUACAAGUCCUUAUGACCUUUUUGUUGUUUCAUGUAGUGGAAGCCCUCCUAAUUCAGAAAAUUACGUUUCAGGAUCCUUCAGGAGUAAGAACAGCAAAUGCUCUGCAAUCUUAACUCGCUGGUUUUUCUUUUGUGCCGCUCUUCUGAUAGGUGCUUGUCUGAAGUCCUGAUACAUAGCAACCACCUUCAGAAACAACCUGCAGCCUAAGGAAAGCUAAUUCUUAGUAUUGACUUUUGUAUAAAAUAUGCCUCUUUUCUUGUCUUCUUCCCGCUCCUAAAAAUGACAAUAUGCAUUUCUGCUUGACACACGUGUUCAUGUGGGCCCCAGAAGUCCAAUAUUCCCAGUGAUUUGUCUCACAGAGGAAAAGCGGUGCCUGGACAGCCCAUUUGCUUGGGGAGUUGGGCUAGCAGCCUUUUGUGAAUUAUGCCACUUUGCCAAAAGGAUACUUAAUGUUGUCUUUAGUAUGACUUGCUCCAGCUCCUGCAUAGUGUCAGCCAUGCAGGUGCUCUGGAGUUCCUCAGUCAGCAUUUGGUUUAAGCAGAUUUAAAUACAAGAAUCAAGAAUUUCUUUUGGCUACUCCCUGUGGCUAAGAAGUCAAGUCCCUCUUGACUGUUGGCAGACACAUUGCAGUACACAUCUUUGUAAAACCCUGUCCCUAUCCAGUGUGUAUUAGGAGUUAAAUGUCCUGCAAGAAUAACAGUGCCAUGCUACUGUAUGUAAAUAUUUGAGAUGUAUAGAUGGUAGAAUUCACUGUCUCCUGAAGUCAAUACAGUUUACACUGAGUGGACCAUAUUUGCAAAAUAUUAGCUUACACCAAGAAAGGGAGAGAAUUGUGAUUUCAUUUAUAUUUAUUGAAUCAUAACUAUAAAAAGGAACUCAUAUUUAGUGAAUAGGUAGUAAUGUAUAGCUGUGUUUUGGGGUGCGAAUGUUCCUUUGCAGGUAGUUUUUUGCACAAGAUUGUAAAUCCAGGAGGUAAUUUCUGUCUGGGUGUACACUGCAUCUUUUUAAAGCAAUUGGAAAAUUGAAACUGCCAUUUAACAAACAGCAGGAAAGAGGAAUGAUUGUUGUAUUUUUCAAGUUUAGCACUUUAUGUCUGCAAUCUAUUUCUCUUAAGUUAUUUAAAAAAUGUUUUUAAAAGCAAAGUUUAAUACAUAUGUUCAUACUUACUGUACAUUGAAUAAAUGGAUUCUCUGCUGGAAAUAGAAUCUUUUUCUUCUAGUAAGCUCCUAAUUUGUGCUUUUUGGGAGUGAAGCAUUGCUUUCUUCUAUGUAGUAUCUUGUUUGUAGCCUUACUUAGUAUUCUUCCUAUUCCUUUUUUUGUUCUGGUUUACGUACUGUAGCAGUUCAUGUAACCUGUGUGCUUUGGGACUGUGCUCCAAGUGAUGCUGUAGGAUAGCAGUGUAUGUCUCUCUUGCUUCCCAUGGAUGCUUAGGGAAGCCCAUGCUCCGUGCUGUGCUGCUGCAGUGGUUAGUUAUCGUGGAGGUUUUGUGACAUGCACUGUUUUCUUCUUGCAUCUCAGCAGUAAUUCAGAUGCGUUGUAACCCUCUUGUUUUAUUUUUUUUCCUUUAACUAUAUUUGUUUCCUCCAUAGAGCUUGUCCUGUUUAUCUUGCAAACAUUCAUUUUGCUCAGCUUAUAAUGCAACAUUCUUUGUUCAACAGCAGCAGCUUAAAUCUCUGCAGGGUCUUACCAGAACUGGGCUGAGGAGUGAUAAGUGACAUCUCUGGUGUCCCCUUGGUGUUGAGAACUAUGUGAUGAGAGCUACAGCUGUGGCUGGACCAAACAGCAGCACCAAAGGUGUUGUUUUAAUGUGGUCUACUGUCCUGUCACAACUAAACACUAUGACAUCCUCAUCCUCUGCAAUUGCUGAGGAAGAAUUUGCUAUAGUUGAGCUGUUUGUCAGGGAGGCGCAGAACAUUAGAUUUGUGAAGCCCUAAAGCUUGUCUUCUGGGUUUGUCUUUUAAAGAAAGCUGCUGCACCAUCUGAUGCAUCAUAAAUCCUUGGUUUGCAGAAGCAGUGCUCUAAACCAGGUAUGUGAGCUGCCACUGCCUGCGGCUCACCAUCACAAGUUCUUUGGACACCACUGUUUGGAUGGGGUUUGACUCAUCUCCACAGUUGCUGAUGCCAGUGCAGUGCCCAUUAAAAUCUUCAGUGUGAGCUGAAUGGGCUUUCAUUUAUUAUUAUUUCAUAAUUAAUAAACUCUGAUUUGCAUGAAAUCCUGGGUUCUACAGCUUUGCCAAUAUGGUCCAUUACUACUGCCUACUACAACCUGUGUACUUAUAUGCCUUUGAGAACAUUUUUAAUUGUUACAACUGUUAAAAAAAUGUUAAUUUCAUUUUUAAUUGGGGAAAUGGAUUAUGGUGUCAAAAUUAUAUUUACUGUAAUGCCAGUGUUUUGUACCUGUCAUCUAGUUAAACAAUGUGUACAUACUCUUGAUUCAAGAGAAAUAUGAAUGCCAAUUAUUUAUUGUUCUGUGGAGUUAUAUGUUGCAGAUGUGUAAGAUCUUAAAAGGGAAUGUUGUAAAACAAGGUGGAAAAAUAAAUUUUAUGCAACUUCUUUACUUCA